AUGGAGAAAUUAUUCAGGAACCAAAAGUUGAAUGUUAGCGUAAGAAUUGUUAAGAGUGAUGAGGAGGUACUGUUUUACGCAAAAGAUGUGGCGGAAUCUCUAGGGUACUCAAACCCUCAAAAAGCUAUCAGAGACAACGUUUGGAAGUCAAAUAAGGCAACGGUGAGAGACUUCCAAAGGGUACCCAGCCAGUUCACCUUGGAAAAAUGUCACCCACAAACAAUUUUACUAUAUGAACCAGGAUUAUACCAAUUAAUUUUCAACUCGAGACUUCCAAUAGCAGAGGCCUUUCAGGACUGGGUAUUCACUGAGGUGCUUCCAUCUAUCCGUAAAACAGGCUCAUACAAAUUACCAGAAUCUGAGCCGCUUUACUGUAAUCAGAUGAGGUUAAUUAACGAAACGGACCUUCAUUAUGCUGUUGUAGAAUAUCUUAAAAAGUACCAUCCAAAGGCUCUAAUUUUACCGGGACUAGGAGAGUACCAGAAUACAUCACAAAAGAGAUGUGACGCCUGGAAAAAAGGAUAUUUAGGUGGACAGCCUGAUAUCACAAUAGUAACUCCAAGUAAUGGUUUUAAUGGAUUCGCAAUAGAACUUAAGACACCAAAGGGCACAGGCGAAGUCAGAAAUAACCAGGUAGCUUGGAUAAGUGAGUUAGGUAAAAUUGGAUUCCAAACAUUAAUAUCUAAUGAUUACACAAGAAUAGUGUUAGAUAUAGAUGAGUACUUUAGGGUUGAUAAGACAAAGAAACUCCUAAAGGAAAUAAAGAAUCUUAAGAUAAAGUGUAAGACUCUGAAGGCUAGUCGAUGUGAGAAAGUUGCAAUUCAAAGAAUUGGUUACACAGUAGGUAAGUACUAG